UUUUCUUCCCCCUUCGUUCCCAUCUGAUCUCUCUCCCUUUCAAGAAAGAGAGGAAAAGAUAUUAUAUAUAUCAUAUAUAGCUAUAUAUAUAUGUGUGUGUGUAUAUAUAUAUAAUUUUCGCUUUCCUCGCUGCGAUAUAUACUCUACUUGACGCGAUACCGCCGAGAAUUCUUGGAUUUCCAGAAGCCCCGAAUCGUCGAAUCCCCUCCUCCUCAUCUCCCCGUCCAGCCGUCGUCCUCUCCUCCCUUAUCGAUCCGGCGGCCGCUGAACAAUUCUUCUUCUUCUUCUUCUUCCUGCUGCUUGGUCCUUUUACCCUGCGGAGCAGGUAACGAUUGAUAGGUAGACGAUAAUCCGUUGAUACUGUUACUAACCGCCCCCGGCCGGGGCCCCUUUUCCGUCACAUCGCGGAAGAGCAGGCGCUAGAGGAUACACAGAGGCAUCAGCUUGCUGUAGCUCUGGAGGACCUUAUACCAAUGAUUGCAGGUGAUGGUGAGCGUGGCGAGCCCGAGCCCGAUGGUGCGGGCGGAGGAGGACCUGGGCCCGCCGUGGCUGCGGCCGCUACUGGGCACGAGCUUCUUCGUGCCGUGCCGGAUGCACCCGGAGCUGAGCAAGAACGAGUGCAACCUCUUCUGCCUCGACUGCACCGGCGACGCGCUCUGCGCCUACUGCCUCCCGGCGCACCGGGACCACCACGUCGUCCAGAUACGGCGGUCGUCGUACCACAACGUGAUCCGGGUGUCGGAGGUGGGGAAGCUGAUCGACAUCUCGCACGUGCAGACGUACGUGAUCAACAGCGCCAAGAUCGUGUUCCUCAACGGCCGGCCGCAGGCCAGGCCCGGCAAGGGCGUCACCAACACCUGCGAGAUCUGCUGCCGGAGCCUCCCGGACUCGUUCCGCUUCUGCUCCCUCGGCUGCAAGCUGGGAGGGAUGCAGUGGGAUCCGAGCCUGACGUUCGCCAUCCGGCCGAAGCGCGGGCAGGGCUCCGGCGACGACGGCUCCGGCUCCGACGACUCGUUCAGCCCCAAGAAGCCCCGGAGGACGGCCGGGUUCGACCUCGGCCGCUUCGACCGGCCGGGCAUCCGGUGGUCCGACGACGAAGGCAGCAGGUCCAACAACGGGCGGCCGAUCACGCCGGGGACGCCAACGAUCAACCGGUGCCGGCCGUCCAGGAGGAAGGGCAUCCCCCACCGCGCCCCGUUCUACGGUUAGCCAGCAGAGACCCCGGCCGGUGGCCAACACGCUCAUCAUCAUCAGCCUUCACUUCACUCUUCAGCUAUAGCACAAUGUGUGUCCCUCACUCUGGUCUGAGCAGUGAAGUGGUCCAAAAUCAUCAGCUACUGGUACGGUAGGUCACCAUAUACAGCUAAGUAGUAUAGCCUUGUUACGUCGUAUAGCAGCUAUUGUAUACACACACGCAUACACAAUAAUGUAGGCGAGAGGUGUCAUCUGUACAUGCCAGUAUAUUGACAAAGUUUGUCAAGUAUGUGUAGACAUGGCCUGAAAAAGGAGAUAGAAACAACAUAGGUAGGGUUUGAAUUUUAGCUUGGGUAGUGUUAGUGGUCGAGAUUGAUAUGUGAAAAGGGAAUAAGCAUCAUGUAUUUGUCUCGGUUUGUAGAGUCUGGCAGCUGCUUUUGCCUCCUCCCACCACCACCCAAUGCGUUUAUUAGCGUUGCGGUGUGAAGCUAAAAAGUUUUUUUUGUUGAUCAUUAAUCUCCUGUUUAAUUAGGGGGUUAAUCUGUAUACUAACGGUGUAUAUAUGAGUGUAUAUGUUUGUGUAUACUGGGGGGAAAGGAAGGAGAAGGAAUAACGUACACAUUGUGCCAGCUUUCUGUUUGCAAAAA